AUGAAAUUAAAAGAUAUUCUCAAACUUAUUGGUCUAAUACUUGUUCCAUUAACAAUUGGUGUAGCAACAACUAUUUCAACCGUACAACAAAUAAAACUAAAUCAACAAAAUCGACAGAAUGAUAUUGAAAUUGGAAAACAAGAACGUGAACAAGGUUCAAAAAUAGCUGAUAAUUCAGAAAAAGAGCGAAUAUUAGCCAGUUAUUUAACGUAUAUAUCAAAUUUAUUUUUGGAAAAAAAUAUCACCGCAUUCGAUAUAGACAGUAUAACAUCAACUAUUGUUCGUGCUAAAACAUUGUCUACUAUACGACAAUUGGAUAUUGAACGAAAGCAUCAAGUAAUUUUAUUUUUAUAUGAAACACAAUUAAUCAGGAUAGCAGAUACAGUUUAUCCAAUAAUUAACUUGAACAAUGUUGAAUUAGAUAAUUUAGAUUUAAGUUUGCCAAAAUCAAAUGAAAAACUAUAUCCGCAAUAUGAAAUUAUGCAAUUAGCAUUUCGUGGGGUUUCUCUACGUAAUUCAUCAUUUAGUAGUCGCUGGUUACAUGAGUCAGAUUUUAGUCAUACUGAUUUAACAAAAGGAGAUUUUACAUUAACUCACUCAAUACGUGUUGAUUUUAGCUAUUCUUUAUUAGAACAGUUAAAUUUUAUGAAUGCUACCGUUGAUCAAGCUAUUUUUGCUUAUGCUAAUUUAACUGACUCAAAUAUUUCCGAAGAACAACUUUCAACAACACUGACGUAUGGUGGUGCGAUAUUGCCAAACGGUACAAUAGCCCCUUUGAAGAAUUUAUUAAUGAAUGGCAAUGCCAGAUGUUCAAAUCUUAGCAUUUUUCCAGAUGGAUGGACAGUUUCAGAUGGAAAUAUCAGUAUUAUUCAAGAACGGUUUAGCAGCAAUUGCUACUUUGGAUCAUUUCGAAGAGAAUCGAUAAUGAAUCAAAAAAUUGAUCUAAGUGAUUAUUCACAGUGGAUUAGAAAUCAACAGGAUGCCCACUAUAUAUUUAAUAUUAGUAUUUUCAAACAAAAUAAUAUUAUAAUUAAUAUAAAACAAUUUUCGGCAAAUGGAACACAACUUCGCAUCGUUACUUUUUGUCAAAAUCCCCUGUACUGUAAUGGGAUAUUUUGGACUUGUCAAUCGUCUUCUAAUUGUUAUGAUGACGAUUACAUUGAUCCUUUACAUAAAGAUACUCAAAGUGUUGAUAUUGAAAUUAUAUUUCAAACAAUCAAUGAAAACAGCAACUUACCAGCAAUAUGUGAUAAUAUAAGUUUCUAUAUGAUAUUGAUGCCGAAACGGCUUCCUGUACCUUGA